AUGGUUUUGCACUUAUGUUGUAUCCACUCCUUUUUAGCUGCUCGCCUUUUUCUCCUCACGUUACUGUGCACUUCCAGAUAUUGGGCACAGACCUCGCCACUUGAAGGCUUCUUUCUUCUCAGUCCUCUCCUCUUAUCACACAAAUCCAAGAUUUCUUUCCUUCAGACGAUAUCUAUCUAUCAAUCUAUCCAUCCAUCCCAGUCUUUUCCUAUCUAUCUAUCUAUCCCAGUCUUUUCCUAUCUAUCUAUCUAUCUAUCCCAGUCUUUUCCUAUCUAUCUAUCUAUCUAUCCCAGUCUUUUCCUUUCUACCUAUCUAUCUAUCCCAGUCUUUUCCUAUCUAUCUAUCUAUCUAUCUAUCUAUCUAUCUAUCUAUCCCAGCCUUUUUUAUCUUUCUAUUCAUCCCAGUCUUCUCCUAUCUAUCUGUCUGUCUGUCCGUCUGUCUAUCUAUCCAUCCCAGUCUUAUUUAUCUAUCUACCUUUCCCAGCUUUUUUUUAUCUAUCUACCCAGUCUUUUCCUAUCUAUCUAUCUAUCUAUCUAUCUAUCUAUCUAUCUAUCUAUCUAUCUAUCUAUCUAUCCCAGUCUUCUAUCUAUCUAUCUAUCUAUCUAUCUAUCCCAAUCUCUUUCUAUCCAUCUAUCUCAUUCUGUCCAUGUCUGUCCCUCUAUCUAUCAAUUUUAA